AUGUUGAGGACGUACGGAAUUAUGCUAAACCCGAACAAGUGUCUGUUCGGCGCAAAGAGCGGGUGGUUCCUAGGCUACAUCGUUACUGAACGGGGAAUUGAAGCAAAUCCUAGCAAGGUGAAGGUGCUACAGGACAUGCCGACCCCUAGAAACAUAAAGGAAGCCCAGUGUCUCACCAGUUGGAUAACUGCAUUGUCUCAGUUCAUCUCCAAAUCAUCCGACCGGAGCCUGCCAUUCUUCAAGAUAUUGCGUCGAGCCACCAAAUUUCAGUGGGACUCAGAGUGCGACCGGACAUUCGAAGAACUCAAGGUGUAUCCGAACUCAUUCCCUGUGCUAGCUAAGUUGACUGUCGGAGCCACUCCGUCCGAUCGGGAAGAAGCCCGCUUAUUGAGAAGAAGAGCUAGUCGUUUCACCCUAAUCGGAGAUCAGCUCUACAAGAAGGCUUUCUCCCGGGCUCUACUUAAGUGUGUCAUCUCGGAGGACAUCGACUACAUUUUGCGAGAAGUACAUCAAGGCUCCUACGGAGGGCAUCCAAGCGGCCGGUCGCUAGCGAGGAAGAUUCUAUUGGCUGGAUAUUUUUGGCCUACCUUACAGGAAGGCGCCGCUCAGACGAUGGCCACUUGCCUAUCCUGCCAGAGGUACCAUAACCUUCCGCACCAACCCACUGAAGAAAUGAAGACUUCUACAGUAUCAUGCUCAUUCAACCAAUGGGGUAUGGACAUCAUGGGGUCCUUCCUGACAGGUCAGCGAAAGUUCUUGCUUGUCGCAGUGGAUUACUUCUCCAAGUGGGUCGAAGUCGAGUCGUUGGCAAGAAUAACCGAACAGAUGGACCAGAAGUUCAUAUGGCAGCACAUCAUCUGCCGGUUCAGAAUUCCGCGUCAACUCGUCUUAGACAAUGGUCGACAAUUCGCCGAGCAUAACUCAAAGAAUGGUGUGAGGGGUAUAGCAUUCAGUAGGUCUUCACCUCCGUAG